AUGUCGGUGAUGCUGGUUCACGAUCGUGGCAUCCGUCGUCGAGCCUGUGAACGCUGCCAUCGGCAAAAGCUGGCUUGUCGUCGCAGCAACAACAACGAAAGCUGUCUGCGUUGCGUGCGAGCAGAUGUUGCCUGCGUAUCUGGCCCGUUGCGCUCACCUUACCGCGCCACUCCAUCUUACAUGACGGUGCAGCAACCAGUUGAACCGUCACCUUCGACACAAGAUAAUGCAGAUGAACAGUUCAGUUGCUGGUCGACCAACUUGCUGCACAAUCAUCCGGAGACAGACCACAACUUGGACCUUGAUCCAGAACAGACUCUCUGUCAAGAUUUAGCCUCUAUCGAAGGCCUAACUAGUCCCGGCCUCAGUACUAUUCUUGGUCUGCACGAUGGCCAUGAUGCUGAGCGGCAGCAAGAGUUUUCACCCGAGGUACAGGGAACGCAGCACAGCGACAGCUCAAUUCUACCACACACGGAUUCUCGCCAGACAGAUGAUACCGUUGACUCUACUACUACUCGUCUAGAAAGUCAUGGUAAUAUGUCGCAGGAUUCAUCGCGGGAGUCGUGGCCUGCAAGCCUUGUGAAUGCGCCAAAUCGAGGCGUAAGCGAUAGCAUUGCACCACCAAAAGAAGGCAACCUCAUGGCCUGGAUUGCCAAAAUCUCCCAGCUCAACAUUGAACUGCAUCAGAACCUUCAUUCUAUUCCUCCGAUUGGUGUUUGGCAGGAGUGUUGGACAAGCCCAGCGGGCCCCAACACAGCUCGACUGAACGAUGAAAAGGACGUGGCCAUUGAUCGGACUUUGCAGCUAUCCCACCAAUAUAUCGAAGUCAUGAACCACGUCUUCUCAUAUUUUCGCACCACGGAGAAAAUCAAUGAAAAUGCCUCAACCAGCCUAUCACCAUUAGGUGACCCCCCUCAGCUACUUGUCUUGUCCUGUUAUUCUUGUCUCAUUGAGACGUAUGACAAGAUCCUGCAGCACAUCGAGGCAUGUGCUAAAAUACGGCUUGAAAUGGAUGCCAGUGUUGCCGAGGCUUAUACCCCCAUUGCACUGCCGGGUCUCAACGUUGGUACAUUUGAGAUAGCACCGUCAUCUACCUUCAAAGUUAUAGUUCUCUUGCACAUUAUGGAGGCUAUGAUGGCUCAAGUCCGGCGCCUGGUGAGCGAGAUGACCAAGCCGUCAGAUGCUGAAGAUGGGACAAUGAGUGGCGGCUUAGCAGCCAAGACUAGCAAUAACAACAAUCUAGCCAGUAUAACACGAGUAUCGAUGCAGGGGAUCCGUGCCAAAGAAAAAGCCAUUGUGGAACUCAUCAGCAGUGUAAGAGACCUUGCAGCACAGUGCAGAAUUCUCUGA